AUGGACCAGAACAUCACUCGAAGACGUGGAGUCGGCACAAGGGCCGUGGACGACUCUGUAGCUCUUGAUGGGUAUACAGUCAUCGCACCCCUUACCUCCAAGAACGUUUAUAUCGUCGACAACGCCGGCCAAGUCGUCCACAAAUGGGACCUCCCCUAUCGCGUCGGCCGGUACGCUCGCAUUUUGCCCAAUGGUAACCUCAUCGUCGGCAUGAAAGACCCGGAAGCUGCUGCCCCGUUUCCCUUUUUUAACAAGUACGGCGGUGGAGUGUACAUGGAGCUCGAUCCCGCUGGGAACGUCGUCAAUGAGCUGCGGGAUCCUCUUGGGCACCACGAUUGCUUUUACGAAGGCGAUGGGCAUUUCUUCUACGCGGGGCUCGAAGCUCUGACGCCAGAGCAACAGGCUGCUCUUCCCGGAGGGGUCGAAGGUACAGAAGCACCCGAUGGAAACACCUACGCCGACACUAUCCGAGAGGUCAAGAAUGGCAAACUGGUAUGGGAAUGGCGCGUUUCUGAACACCUCGACCCCAAGAUCUUUCCUCUUCAAAGUCAUUACCCGCGCGAGCACUGGCCUCUCAUCAACUCCGUCUUUCCUCUGAAAGACGGAAAUAUCCUCGCCUCGCUGAGAAGUGUGUCGGCCGUCAUCAUCAUCGAGAAAGAGACCGGCAAGAUCAUCUGGCACCUCGACUCUACCGUUGUCGCGCAGCAGCACAAUGCUAACGAGCUGCCUAACGGAAACAUACUCAUCUUUGAUAACGGCGCUUUCCGUCACCGCGAAUCAUUCCAAUACUCCCGCGCUAUCGAAGUCGACCGAACCACAAAGUCUAUCGUCUGGCAAUGGCACGCCCCUACGAAAGAAACAUUCUACACCCCCUUCAUGGGCUCGGCUCAACGUCUGCCCAAUGGUAAUACUGUCUUGUGCGAGAGCGCGUUUGGGAGGGUUGUGGAGGUUACGAGCGAGGGGAAGCAGGUUUGGGAGUAUGUUUGUCCGUUCUUUGCUGUGUAUCCGGAGAAGGAGGCCGCAGGAUUCUAUCCUACCGAGUCGAACGCUCUUUUCCGUGCUUACAAGUACUCUCGAGAGCAAAUUCCUUGGUUAAAGCAGUAG